CAGGUGGCCUCGGGCCCAAUAAAUGAGGCACAGGAGCAAAGCUUCAACCAGGUCAUUCGAGCAAGGACAAGGGAUGCUGCAGAUUGGGCUGAGUUAUACCAGCCCCACUGGGGCCCCCAGAGCAGAUGUCCCUUUGGACAAAGCAAGGGCAAGGAAAACAGCAAACACCAUGAUGGGUGAGCUAAAGGAAGGCAACCUGGAGACCACACAAGAGACCACCGAUCUAUCUAAGGCCUUUCAAAUCCCUUCGGUGGUUGCGAUGGACAUGGACGCAGCCUCCUGCUUACGCUGCAGCGAAUUUGUGGACCAGAACAAGAUGCCCAAGCUGAACGAGCAGCAGGACAGUCAGGAGCACCUGUUUGGCAAGUCUAUGAAGGAGCUCAAAAAGCUGGGGAGGGAAGGCCGCUGGGCAGGAAGUCACGGUCUGAGGGCGCAGGCUUAUCAGCAUGUAAUCCAGCACAUACCGUGCCAGCUCAUGACCCCUGAUGCCGAAGUCUACAGAGAUGUUGCCAGCAAGCUGUUUGAAGCCCCGAACGAGAGCUUCGACCCAUUACCUGAAUUCCUGGAAGGAAGCAUCAUGCCCGAAUACUGCCUCUCUGAAGAAGGGGUAAUUGCAGUGAAAAGGAUACUCAUCUGCAUUUCCAGCUUGUACCCCGACAUCACCUACUGCCCCCUGCUUCCCGCUGUGACUGCCCUGAUGCUCCAUUACAGCCAAGGUGAGGCCCAGUGCUUUGAGGACACUUGCCGGCUCCUCUACUGCAACGCUCCCCACACCUCCUACAUUGACCACUCCUUCCUCACCCACGAGGCUUCGUGCAUGACCUUUGGGGACCUGGCCAACAAACACUGCCCAGCUGCCCACCGCCUGAUAGCGAGCUCAUCGGACAACAUCUUUGAGGUGUAUUCUGACUGGCUGGUCUGGCUUUUUGAUGGCCUCCCAUUCGAUUAUGUCAUCCGCAUUUUUGACGUGUAUCUUCUGGAGGGGCAGAAAGUCCUCUACCGGAUCGCGCUGGCCCUGCUCAAGCAGUUCCAGCUGUCCGUGGCUUCACAAGGUUUGGAGGUGGUGGAUAUCAAAGGGAGUUUGUGGGGUUUCAUGCGGGACAUUCGUGAGCACAUGACCACCGACAAGCUUCUGGAAAAGGCCUUCAGCAUCCGGCUUUUCUCCCGCAAAGAAAUCUGGCUCCUUCAAAUGGCUAACAGGAAGGCAUUAGUGGAGAAAGGAGUGACCGCAGUGCAGCACAGGCAACCAUUUCACCUCACUGUGAAUGCCCACAAUUUCUCUUCCACCAUUGUUACUGCUCAGGAAAUGCGUGUUGUCUGGUCCUGGAUCCCUGAACGAUUUUCUUUGUUCUCACCUGUCCGCAUAUUCUCAACUUCGGAAAAUGGAUACAGCUUGCAGAGGUUUUAUUCCUGCUGUGAAGGCUACGAACCAACGGUACUGUUGUUAAAAACCACACUAGGGGAGGUGUGUGGAGCAUUUCUGUCCUCCGACUGGAGCGAAAGGAAAAAAAGUGGGGGGACAUCAAGUUUCUUUGGCACAGGAGAAUGCUUUGUUUUCACAGUUCACCCAGAAAUGGAGAGAUAUGAGUGGGUGUUCAUCAAGAAGCCGGAACAAGCUAAAGCUCAGCCUCGAUCCCCACGCCCACGCUCUCCAUCUCCCUUCUCUUCCGAAGGUCACUCAACAACCAGCUCAAACCACCUCACUGUGCCAGUGCUGGACAUGAUUAAAUACCGCCUCUCUCCAUUCCUGGCUAUUCGACACUUCAAGCUGCCUUCCAAAACAGCCUCCAUGUUCAUGUCUGGAACUCAGAAAGAGAUCAUCAUAGGUGGUGGAGGAGGCCAAGCUCUGUUUAUUGACGCUGAUCUGCAUCAUGGGAGAACGGAGCACUGCGAAACAUUUGACAACCCUCCUCUCUGCCAAGAAAACUUCCAGGUGCAGCUUCUAGAAGUCUGGGGCUUUCAAAACUCCUGAUAGCGCCAAUCAGAUGCAAUAUUUCAGGCUGAUAUUCGUCUCCACAGCACUGGGCAUGACAACUGGUAGUGAAAGAAAUGACACAAGGUGGUAUCUGGAGAUGUCAGGAGCAGAACAUUUUCACACAUUUUGGAAACUGUCCACUAAUGCAAGACUUUUGGCACUAGGCUUUCUAGUGAACAAUACGAACAAAGGGAAAUAGUCCCAACCAACUAUAAAUAAGAUGAGGGGAAAUGGGAUAAAAAUGUGAAUAAACUGAUGUAGUAGCUAUAGUACAGUGGUACCUCAGGUUACAGACUCUUCAGGUUACAGACGCUUCAGGUUACAGACUCCGCUAACCCA